GCCGCGGGGGGGGGGGAGGGGGUGGCGGCGUCAUGGCGGCGGCGGCGGGCUCAGGCGCGGGCUCCUCAGCGCGGGGCUGUGGCGGCGGCGGAGGAGGCGGAGGCGGCGGCUCGGCGGCGGCGUCGCGGUGGUUCUUCAGCCGCGAGCAGCUGGACAACACGCCCUCCCGGCGCUGCGGCGUGGAGGCCGACAAGGAGCUCUCGUACCGGCAGCAGGCGGCCAACCUCAUCCAGGACAUGGGCCAGCGCCUCAACGUAUCUCAGCUGACAAUAAAUACUGCAAUUGUUUACAUGCACAGGUUUUAUAUGCACCAUUCCUUCACAAAAUUUAAUCGAAACAUAAUAUCUCCUACGGCAUUGUUCUUGGCUGCAAAAGUGGAAGAACAGCCACGGAAACUCGAACAUGUUAUUAAAGUAGCACAUGCCUGUCUUCACCCUCAAGAGCCACUACUGGAUACAAAGAGUGAUGCAUACCUUCAGCAAGCUCAAGAGCUGGUUAUACUUGAAACAAUAAUGCUUCAAACUUUAGGUUUUGAGAUUACCAUUGAACAUCCGCACACAGAUGUUGUGAAAUGUACGCAAUUAGUGAGAGCAAGCAAGGAUUUGGCACAGACAUCCUAUUUCAUGGCUACCAACAGUCUUCACCUUACUACAUUCUGUCUUCAAUACAAGCCUACGGUGAUAGCAUGUGUGUGCAUUCACUUGGCCUGCAAGUGGUCUAACUGGGAGAUUCCAGUAUCAACUGAUGGAAAACACUGGUGGGAAUAUGUGGAUCCUUCGGUUACUCUGGAAUUGCUGGACGAACUAACUCACGAGUUUCUGCAAAUACUGGAAAAAACACCUAGCAGGCUGAAGAGAAUUAGAAAUUGGCGGGCAACUCAGGCUGCUAGGAAACCUAAAGGUGAUGGACAGGUAUCAGAGAACUCGCUUCUUGGUUCGUCUUUGGUCCAGAAUUCCAUUUUGGUGGAUACAGUUACUGGUGUGGCUGCGAAUACAAGUUUCCAAAAACCAUCGACAUCAUUUCCUGCACCAGUACCUCUGACCUCAGGAAGUAUUUCUGUUCCAGAUAGUCAUGCACCUGAAAAUUUGGCAAUACUAGCAACCGGGAUGCCAAGUACCUCAUACAAUUUGGCAUCCCACCAGGAAUGGCCUCAGCAUCAAGAACAAAGCAGGACAGAACAAAUAUACUCUCAAAAACAGGAGACGUUACCUCCUAGUCAGUAUAAUAUGAACUUCCAGCCAGGGACGUCUGUACAGCUGCACUCGGGAGUACAUCACAGACCCGACAAACUUGCCGAGCAUUCUGCUGUCAAACAAGAGUAUUCUCAUAAGUCAGGAAACAAACACCACGGACAAGUUGCUGCUCCCGUAAUAAUUCCUCAAAAAAUGUCUCUGGAUAAAUACAGAGAGAAACGCAAACUAGAAACCCUUGAACUGGAUGUGAGAGAACACUACGUAGCAACCCCAGGCGAACAGCCACACAAAAAACACAUGCCGGCGCAGACAGCCAGUGGUGCUUCCGUUACAUCUCCUAUUAAAAUGAAAAUUCCCAUCGCGAACGCAGAGAAGCCUGAAAAACACUUGUCUGAUAAAAAAGAAAAGGGAGGCUCGCUCAAACUCCGCAUACCCAUCCCGCCCACAGAAAAGGGUGCCAGUAAGGAGGAGCUGAAAAUGAAAAUUAAAGUUUCCUCCUCAGAAAGACAUAGCUCAUCAGAUGAGGGUAGUGGAAAAAGUAAGCACUCAAGUCCACACGUUAGCAAGGAACACAAGGAAAAGCACAAAGAACACUCUUUAAAUCGCCACCACAGUAUGGGUCACAAGCACUCCCAUUCGCACAGUGGCAGCAGUAGUGGCGGCAGUAAGCAUAGUGCUGACGGCUUAACACCGACUGUUUUGAGGAGUCCCGUUGGUCUGAGUAGUGACGGCAAUUCCUCUAGUUCCGGCUCGUCAAGGAAGAAGUUGCACAGCAACGAUGCUUCUCACAACCACCACUCCAAAAUGAGCAAAAGUUCCAAAAGUUCAGGUAGUUCAUCUAGUUCUUCCUCUGUUAAGCAGUAUGUAUCCUCUCACAGCUCUGUUUUUAACCUUCCCUUACCCCCUCCUCCCCCUGUCACAUACCAGGUGGGCUACGGACAUCUCAGCACCCUCGUGAAACUGGACAAGAAGCCAGUGGAGAACGGUCCUGAUGCCCAUCACCAGUACAGUACAAACAGCCAGCAUAUGGACUACAAAGACACAUUCGACAUGCUGGAUUCGCUGUUAAGUGCCCAAGGAAUGAACAUGUAGUCAAUUCUUAGGUGGUUUUUCUUUCCUUUUUUUUAAUUUAAGAAUUGUUAGAACGGAAAACUUCCUACUCUAGCAGUAGCAACACCAGCUGUUGCUGCCAUGGUUUCAGUAUAUGUAAGUGCUGCUUUAUCCUUCACUCUGAAAAGAAGAGGUAUAGUAAACGAGUCUUUAUCUCCACAUAUGAUAGUGUUAUAAAUACUGUAAUAGCAUGGAAGGUGCAAAAAUCUCAGUAUUUCUACAACUGCAGCUAAGAACAGUAGAAUGAACGUCUGCUUUUAGGUGCAUAGGAUGCCUCGAGCAUUGAUUAUUUAUAAUUUUGAAUACUGCAGCCACAACUUUUUGUUGCUUAGUUUUUGAAUGAGUGUAAUUGUUUUCUUGUGUAUUUAUACUGUAUGUAUGAUUUGCAUGUUUUGAAGAUAAAGGGAUUAAAACAGUAUACUGACAACUGUUUACAAGAAAGUGGAGAAAAAUGUACAUACAUUUUUGUAUGUUUAGAUAUACCAUAAAUACUCAGGAUUGGAGCUGCUUGUAAGUAUAACAAAAUACACAUAACUUUAUUUUAUCUUGUCAGAGUCCAUCAGUUAUCCAAACCAAGAUGGCACUUUGUCUUGUUUAUCUUUAUAAACUGUAGGCCUUAUUGGAAGCCACUUAAAAGGGACACUUCACUAGAGAAGGCAUCCAGUACCACGUAGGGUCUCCACCGCACAGUAUUACCCACGAGGCAGAAAACAGGGUGGGCCCCUGCUUGCUGACUGUGGCCAGAGCUUUGAAAUGUCCCUAAUUUCUUGAAGGAAAAAGGAAUUAAAAUAAAAGUUUACAUAAUCUCUUGAUGUGAAGUGCAUUUAAAUGUUUAUUGGCUUGAUGCAGUAAAAUAGACACAGAGCUGUUAAUAAUGGUUAUGUAGAUUUAAUGUGACUUAACUGCAAUUAAUAACUGUCAUGGUGGGAAAAUCAUCUUUUUUUAAGAAGUCAUAAUUUAUUUUAAUAGUAAACAAGGGUCACUGUUUCCAUUACCAUUUCAGAAUAAUAUCCAUGUUCUGAAAUCCAAAAAGUGUACUUGUGUGUGAUGCCAUAUUUCUUUUACAGGUGAAUGCAGUCUUCACAGUAAAUAAGAAUAAAACUAUUGAUAUCCCAACUUUAUAUUCCAACAAUAAAAUAGUAUUAAUUGAUUCUGUGCAUUGUACUUGUCAUUAGUUACCAAAUUGGAAGAUACUUGUUCUGUUUUUUCAGCUCUGUGGGGAAAAAAAAUCAGUCUCCCAGUUAAACCACUAGCAUACAUUUUUAUCUGCCUGCAAGUGUCAGUGUUACAGCUCGUGUGCUCUUUCCACAGUGUUUUGCUCUUAAAAAAAAAAAAAAAAAAAUGACAGGUGUGAAUGUUCAUGUGUUCUCAAAGCCAAUACUACAGCUCAGCCUGGAUAAGUGAACCAACUUUCUGGGUUCUUACUCAAAACUAUUCAUAAGCUAUGAAGUACCUCAACACAAACUCAGUAUAUAGUAGCAACAGACAGUUCUUAGUCACUUAUUUUAACUCAGAAGCAAACAGGAUGUGAAGUAGGCUUUUGCUAAUUUUGCCAAGCCACCUCCUUCACUUAGUGCUUGUGUAAUUCUGUCAUCUCAGGUGUCAGACCUGAUGCCUAGCCCUUCCAGUUGUGUUACUAAAGCGUGCUUUAAAUGGUAAAACUGCUCAAAACCUACCCAGAUGGUAGUUGCUGUAUGAUGUAACUACAGGUAUAUCAAUUACUAUGUAAUACUCUCUUUCCAGUAAUGCAAACACUUGUAAUUACUUGAAUAAGUUUUAUUUGAACUAUGGAUACUUUUUUUUUACACUAAGGAAUAUUUAAAUGGAAACCUGAUGGCAUCUUCUGCUAAAUCUAACCUGAAAUCUUGGCCCAUGUACAAAAUGCAAAGCUGUCUUAGCCGUACUGUGGUUGUUUUUCUCUGUUCAGAAUGUAUUUAAACCCUUUGUUACAUUUCUGCAUUGUUGAGUAUUUUAUAUCCUUAUGUCGUCUGUUUCCUUUCUGUCUCAGCUCUAAUCUUAGGUCUGGCUUUUAGCAAAUGUAAUCUGCAUUAGAUACUGUCCUAGGCUAUAGCAUGGGCAGGUGGAUGAAAAAGCAGUAAGUUGUCUUAAUUUUGUCUUUAAAGCACUACACUGCUCUUCUUUUCAAGUCUAUUUAAAUAGUUGUGCCAUGAAAUGCAUCUUAUACAGCCACUUUGGAUAAGCAAUAUAUUGUACUGUAAAUAUAGCAAUUAAUGUCGUAAGUUGGAGUUGAAAUGUCUGGAUGAUAACUAGUGCCUGUCUAAUAUAAAUUGGAAAAGAGCAUAGGUCUUCAUCUUAAGGUGCUGUUUCAAAAUAACUAUUUCCUAUUUUGAUUCUAGGAAAUUGUGAAAUCUUGUGGACAAAAAUGUUGCUAUGCUACCUUGAGAUCCAAACUGAUUUUUGGUUUCUCUGUAAAGAAUAUCCAUAAAACCCAUUGGUUUUGGUUUUCAAUGUGACUGUAAAUAUGUGAAACUGUACUUGUCUUUGUGUGCGGAACUAAAUUCAGUGUGGUGGGAGUAGGGGGUGAGAGGGAGGGAGAGGACAUGCAGUGAGAUGCCACUGAUGUUCCCUGACUGAAACCCACUGCCAAUUAGUGAAUCGUGUGAAUUGGGGCCUGGCUGAGGUGUGUGAAAUGAGUGAAAAUUCAUUCACUGAUCAGCCUCAACCUCCCAAGUGAAUGACUGAAUAAAUGCAAUAAAAGGCUAACAGACGACACUAUUACUCUGUUCAUCACUGAUUACAGGUUUUUUGUUGUAAAUCUGAGUACAUACAUUAUGUAAUUUUGUAAAAUUAAGCUUUAGUGCAGACCUUGCUAUGACACUAUUAAAAAUAUUCCCUUUUUGUGAGAUACAAGGUUUGUAGAAUAGUGAGAUUCUUUUGUACAUUGAACCUUAAUUCUGUUCCUAAUGGUGGAAGUGCUGAAGUAAUGUAUCUCACUGUGAUCUGGUACUUCGGUAUUUGCAUAAAACAGCAGUUCUGUAUAUUCUUUUGGCAAAUUGUAAAUAUAAAUGUUUCAUAUUAGCAUAGUUGAAUUUUUGAGGUACAGCCAUUUGUGUGAGAUUAGAAAGACUUUAUUUCUAAGAAAUUGUAAAAAAAAAAAAAAAAAAAAGUAUUUUCAAUAAAAUUCCCUACCUCACCUCUAUUGUGCAGAAAUUAUCCCAUUUCCUAUGUUUAAUUUUCCAACUUCAGUUGUAGAUCCCUGUUUAAUUAUUGGCAAAAACAAUGAUUUC